UUCUGGCAACUCGAUGUCGUCGGGAGUUGCAAAUAAAUUGACAAACGGCAGCCCAAAACAAGGUGGACACAAUACAACAAGACGACGGUUGGCAGAACUCCCAACAACAGAGUCCGACAGCAACAAUUCAUCUUGUUGUAAUUUGAACUAUUGCAAGCUUUGCUCCGACCAUGAAGAAAACGACAACUCCAACGGUUACAUUCCUUACACUUGUUCCUCCUGCGCCCACCAUCACUACCACCACCACCACCCGGUGAUAAGAUAUCCGCUCCUGUUACUUCACAGAAAGAUGUUGUUAUUCUCUUUUGUGCCGGACGCAUGGUUCAUCUGGGUUGACCACACGUGUCAUCGGGCAGUUAAUAUGGUUUCCGGCUUGAGAUCCGGCAAGAACAUGGGCCGUAAGAUCCUCGGAGUUGUGUUGUUUAUGACGGUUGUUUCGGUUUUUCUCUCGUUUCUUGGCAGUCGCGUCGAGAUUAACAGCAAGCGGAAAUCAGAAAAGGGAGUGUUGGUCUUGCAGAAGCCUAAAGAGGAUUGGGCAUCAGCCCAACGCGUUGUCGCCGAGAUCCAUGUCGAAACCCGAACUCAACGGUCCAUGCCUAAACGCGUUCUCGAAAAGGUCUCCACCCCAGAAAUUUGGAUGAAACCAAAUGGCGAGAAUUACCAUCAAUGUAUAUCUGGGACCGGGACUAAGAAUCGAACAAGAGGCGAAUCAACGGCGACUAAUGGUUAUAUUAUCGUUCAUGCCAAUGGCGGACUGAAUCAAAUGAGAAUGGGAAUAAGUGACAUGGUUGCUGUUGCCAAGAUAAUGAAUGCCACCCUGGUUCUUCCUUCUCUUGAUCAUGAAUCAUUUUGGACAGACCCAAGUGAUUUUAAGGAUAUUUUUGCCUGGAGGCAAUUUAUCAAUGUUCUGAAAGAUGAUGUUAAUAUUGUUGAGCAUCUACCCGCCAAGUACACAGCAAAAAAGCCCCUUGUAAAGGCCCCUAUUUCCUGGUCAAAGGCUAGUUACUAUAGAAAGAAGGUGCUUCCAUUGCUAAAGCGACAUAAGGUGAUCAAGUUCACACACACUGAUUCUAGGCUUGCUAAUAAUGGACUACCAACAUCCAUUCAAAAAUUAAGGUGCCGUGCCAACUUUGAAGCUCUCCGCUAUACGAAAGAGAUAGAGGAUCUUGGGAGGACGUUAGUUGAUAGAUUAAACAACAAUAAUGAGCCAUACAUUGCUUUACACUUGAGGUAUGAGAAAGAUAUGCUUGCAUUCACAGGCUGCAUCCAUAACCUUACUGAAGAAGAAAGAGAUGAGCUGACAGUCAUGAGAUACAAUGUUAGGCACUGGAGGGAGAAAGACAUCAACAGUGAAGAACGGCGACGUCAAGGGGGAUGUCCGAUGACACCUAGAGAGGCAGCCUUGUUUCUCAAAGCCAUGGGCUACCCUUCCAACACGCCUAUCUACAUUGUCGCAGGUGAUAUUUAUGGCCAUGAUAGCAUGGCAGCUUUCCUAUCAGAGUAUCCAAAUGUCUUCUCUCAUUCUACUUUGGCCACCGAAGAAGAACUGAAACUGUUCAAGCCAUAUCAGAACCGCCUUGCUGCCUUGGAUUAUAUUGUGGCACUUGAAAGUGAUGUCUUUGUUUAUACCUAUGACGGCCAUAUGGCUAAAACAGUUCAAGGGCAUAGAAGGUUUGAAGAAUUUCGAAAGACCAUCAACCCUGAUAGAAAAAAUGUUGUCAAACUCAUUGAUCAGCUGGAAAAGGAUGUAAUAUCUUGGGAACAGUUCUCUUUCAAAGUUCAGAAUUUACACUCUGACAGGCUUGGAGCGCCUUACCUAAGACAGCCGCAAGAGUCACCACGAGUAGAGGAGAAUUUUUAUGCAAAUCCCCUUCCUGGUUGCAUAUGUAGCAGAUCCCCGGAGCAACAGUUUAGUAGCCUGAAACUAGACAAGAAUUUGAGUUCAGUUCAAAGAUAGUAUAUUGGUGGAUUAGCCAUUUGCAGGAUAGAUGAUUGGGAUUCUUGAAUAAAGAUGUUUUCCCCUUGCAUGGACGACUUGAAGCAGCCACCUACAAGGCUGAAAUCUUAUGGUUUCAGAUUUCUUUCAUGAUUCAAUGUCAUCUGAAUUAUGCAGUUGUACCAGUUUCAGUGUUGUUAGAGGACUCUACUAGCAACUUAUGUUAGUAGAGAAGAUGAAGUAUAAUUCUGAGGCAUCUCAGGUUAGUUAUACAGGCAGGUACACACAAAUAUUUCAAAGUGGAAUCAAUGUAUUCAUUAUUCUUUCAAUAAUUUGGUUGCAAAAAGAAGCACUUGCCAAAUUAUCUCUUUUGAAUAGAGAUGUAAUAUAAGAAAUAGUCAUAUACAAUGGAGAUGGCUUCCC